GGAAACCCGGACACGGACAGAUCACGAUAGACGAAUACAACCGAAUUUGAGAAGUCGAUCGUUUCAGACCCUAUCAAUCGGUCUCAUAGUAGGUGGUCGCGUUUUAAUGUCAUACACCUUUAGAGACCAUGUCAGGAUUGAGUAGGAAAGUGUUCUGCAUUUACCAGUUCGCACGCAGCUUGACUUCUCCGAAUGCAUCAUCAGCUACAUACACGUGUUGGAGGGCUAAAACAUUCCUGUCAACUCAUAGCCCCCGGUGCGCCGGGCUCGUACCCGGGUGGGCAGCGUCUUCAUUGGGGAAGUACGGAGGCGCCCGGGAGCCCCCGCAGUUGCUUGUGGCACAACUCCCUGGAAGAGUAAUGAGGGCAAAUAUUCACUUCACCACAGAAAAUGCAUCGAAUCUAAGUGUGUUAGAGGAAGCUACAUAUGAAAAACUGGCUGAGGAAACACUGGAUGCUUUAGCAGAAUACUUUGACGAUCUCACAGAUCAGCCAUUCACAUCUGGAGAGUACGAUGUUACAUUUUCAAGCGGGGUGCUCACCGUGAAGAUAAGUAGUGACUAUGGAACCUACGUUAUUAACAAGCAGACUCCAAAUAAACAGAUCUGGCUCUCCUCUCCUGUGAGUGGGCCAAAACGCUAUGACUGGACAGGAGAGCGUUGGGUGUAUUCACACGAUGGGAUGAGCUUACACGAUCUGCUCAGCAAAGAACUGUCUGCCAUUUUCAGCACCAAAAUAGACUUGUCAGGCGUAUUGUAUUCUUGAAAGGCAGUCAAAGGGAAGAAAUGCUUAUUCCAAAUCUGUGGUAACUGUUAACUGUAGAUUCUCUACUGUAAUUCAGAUCUUUCACUGUAAGUGUGUAUAUUUCUGUUACGCGUUUUAGAAAUUGCCAAAAGAUUUUCUUGAUAUACCUGAUGUACGUUUCUUGUGAAUAUGUAUAAACAAUUUGUACCAAUAUGUUUAUCCAGAAGGAUGGCAUGGUGGCACAGUGUUUAUCUUUGCUGCCUUGCAGCGCUGGGGCCCUGGGUUCAAUUCCGGGGGGUUUCCUUUGGGUGCUCUGGUUUCCUUUCCACAGGCGGAAGACAUACAGUUAGGUUAACUGGCUUUUGGGGAAAACUGGCCGUGCUGUGAGUGGAUCUCUUUCUGUGUGUGCUCUGCGAUGGACUUGCGUCCAGUCCAGGGUCUAUCCUGCCUUGUGCCUGCUGCUUCUCGAGACCGACUCUAUCACCAGUGACCCUGUACAGGAUGAAGCGGUUACCAACGGACGGAUGAACGUGUAUCCAAACAGAUUUUUUUAUGAUGUUUUUCUUUAUUUAUAAUAAGAACUAAGUUUGUUCUGGAAGUUCUUAUUGUGGUGGUGGUUAUAGUGGUUUUUUUUCUUCUAAGAAAUAGAUGAAUGUGCGAGUCUGAUAUAACUAAAAAAACUUCCUCUUCUGUUAAGGAAUAGUAAAAACUAAAUGCAAGUAUAGCUUUUGUUGUGAAUCUUGAAUUAGAACUGAAAAUGAAUAAGAGGAAUUUGUAGAGCAAGUCAAACCUUGCCUUGGAUUAGUUUCAUUAACAUUCCUUUCCAAAUUUAGUACCUGGAGAUGUAAUGCUAUCCUUGGCAUUUAAUCAUACCUGACCUUCUUCCUAAAGAUAACAUUAUUACAGUAAGUGCUUAGCUUGAUUCAGACUUCACGAACAAGGAUUCCAUAGAUCAGUGCAAUCAAGGAAUAGAUCCAUAUCAGUCCUUGAUCCGAACAUGUCUUGAGUGAUACUUGCUUUCCCUUGAUUUUUAUUCUUCCAUAUACCAUUUAACAAUAGGAAAAUAAUUAAGUAGCAAUGGGAGGAAUUUUAAGUUCUUUGAGAUUCGGUGAGGAAAAUCUCCCUCAGCCCAUUGUUCUCUGCCUGUUUUUUUAAUGUGGAUUCCUACGCUGAAAUCUUUUUUUUUUUUUAGAUGCCUCAAAAUAACUCUCAUUAAGAUCAAGCUGAAUUUUCCACCCCUCAGUAUUUCCAUGAAGCACAACUUGCGCCUGCAAGAAGUAGUCAAACCUUAUGAUUAGUAUGAAUUGCAUUCUAAUUCUUCUAGAAAGCGUUAAUUUACAAUGUACUCAUCAUUGAACCGAAGACAAUAGAAUUCUUCUUUUUUUUUUCAGUUGAAGGCAUUUGGCUAGUGCACUAACGUAUCCAGCCUGAUUCAUGUGAAUAUAUUUUAAAAGUAUGCAGUGUAUUUUUUCCCAUGUCACUGUAUACCAACCGCUGGAGGCUGAGAAUGCUUUUCAUGUCAGUUUUUUCUUGCGGGAACCCAAUCCCUUCCAUGAAAGCCAUGACUUGCCUUGACUUCUUGGUCUUUUUCCAUGAAUCACAGAUAGAUAGAUGUUUGCUUCUUCUUUUUAAAAAUGUCUAUAAAACUGCCUUUGCGAUUUUC